AUGUCUCAGAAGGAAACCCCUACAACCAAGAAGUUGACCGACUUCAAGCUUCUUUGCUUCGACUGCUAUGGAACCUUGAUUGACUGGGAGACGGGUAUUUAUAAUGCCUUGGAACCGCUGCUACAGCGUACCCCGGAGUCUAGGGCAUGGUCUAAAAAACAGGCUCUUGAGACCUUCUGUCUCGUCGAAGCAGCGAUUCAGGAGAAGGAUCCUGCAUUGCGCUAUACAGAUGUUCUCGCAGAGACAUACAAAGAGCUCGCGAAAGACAACUUCGGUUAUCAUCCCUCACAAAACGAAGCAGACAUUUUUGCCGCCAGCACUGCCCGGUGGUAUCCUUUGCCCGACACGGUCGAUGCCCUCGCCGAACUCAGCAAGCAUUACAAACUUCUCGUGUUGUCUAAUACCGAUCGCGUCAUCUUUGAUCAAUCACGUCGUUUGCUUGAACAUGGUUUCACAUUUGAUGAGGCACUUCUCGCAGAAGAUCUGGGUCAUUACAAGCCUGAUCUUCGUAACUUUGAGGAUAUGCUCAAAGUCGCGAAAAACAAAUUCGGCAUAGAGAAGGAUGAGGUGCUUGUCACCGCUCAAAGUUUAUUCCAUGAUCACGUACCCGCAAACAAGCUCGGGCUCGCCAGCGCCUGGAUCGCUCGGAGGGAUGCGUUUAUUGGACACGCGGGUCCGGAGGCGAAAUACGACUGGAAGUUCGACAGCAUGGGCGACAUGGCGGCCACUGUGAAAGCUGGAGCAUCUCAGUGAAUAUAGAAAGAUGAAUUACGUGUUUAUUACUGAAGAAAUCCACAUGCC